CGUCGAUCGAGUUGAAGUUUUGACCUGAAAAAAGUUGUAUUUUUUCAGCAGAUAUUCGCGAACGUGUGGGGUGUGUGUGUCUUUUAUGUUUUGUGCGUGUGUCGAACGUGCAAUUUUUCAAGUGACCCGGAAAGACGAAAAUAAGGACUCUUAAACCGUGUGCUGGUGCAGUGGAGAGUGGCAAGGCGCGGAUAGUGAUUUAUUACUCGGCGAGAUCUGAAGCGGAGACAGCUGUUGAAGAUGCGGCUGCUAGUGCUUUGCCUAGCGCUUGCAACGUCCAGCCAUGGAGAGAUAACAACCCAUCUGGGUGCGGACGGUUACGAAUAUCCACGACCAAACAUCCCAUUCCCGCCGCCAGAGAAACCACAGGGGCCCAGUACUCCGAGACCAUGUCCGUUCGGAGGAGUUCCUCCUUAUUGUUGCACCAAUGGUGGAACUGGACCCAACUGUGCCGUCUCGUCGCCUUCUACGACAGCUCCCCCUUCACCAAGGCCAUGUCCGUUCGGAGGAGUUCCUCCUUACUGUUGCACCAAUGGCGGGACUGGACCAAAUUGUCAAGUUCCAAGUAGGCCUACCCAAGGACCCUCUCCAACUCCAGCUCCUUGUCCCUAUGGAGGUGUUCCUCCAUAUUGCUGUACUAAUGGAGGUCAAGGUCCCAACUGCGCCGUACCAUCGAGACCUACUCCAGGGCCUACCACCCCGGCUGGAUGUCCAAAUGGAGGAAUUCCUCCAUACUGUUGCACGAACGGAGGACAAGGUCCAAAUUGUGUCGUACCAUCAAGACCUACUCCAGGUCCAACUACUCCAGCCGGUUGUCCAAAUGGCGGAGUUCCACCAUACUGCUGUACCAACGGAGGAAGUGGUCCCAAUUGCGCCCUUCCAUCACCUUCCACGCCAUAUCCGACCACCCCUAGACCUUGUCCGUUCGGAGGAGUUCCACCGUACUGCUGCACAAACGGAGGAACCGGUCCAAACUGUGCUCUGCCAUCACCAUCUACUCCCUAUCCAACAACCCCUAGACCUUGUCCAUUCGGAGGAGUUCCACCGUACUGCUGCACAAAUGGAGGAACUGGACCUAACUGUGUCGUUCCAACACAAGGUCCAACGACGCCUAGACCUUGCCCCAACGGAGGAGUUCCACCAUAUUGUUGUACCAACGGAGGAACUGGACCGAAUUGCUAUGUCUCAGCACCCCCCGUACCACCCCCAACUCGACCACCGCCACCACCACCAGGGAGCGACAACGAGUAUCUCCCACCCUGUACAAAUGGAGCACAAGGCCCGGAAUGUGUUCUGCCAAUCACUCCUCCAACCAGACCACCGACUAGACCAACUCAAGGACCAUCCCCGACACCUGCGCCAUGUCCCUACGGAGGUGUUCCUCCAUAUUGCUGUACCAAUGGAGGACAAGGUCCCAACUGUAUUGUCCCUUCACGCCCUACUCCCGGACCAACUACCCCAGCCGGUUGCCCUAAUGGUGGAGUCCCUCCGUAUUGUUGUACCAAUGGUGGAACCGGACCAAAUUGCGUCGUUCCAACCAGACCGACUCAGAGACCUCCCAGCUCUCCAGCUCCAUGUCCAUACGGAGGUGUUCCUCCAUACUGUUGUACCAAUGGUGGUCAAGGCCCGAACUGUGUUGUCCCCUCACGCCCUACUCCGGGACCAACCACUCCAGCUGGAUGUCCGAAUGGCGGAGUCCCUCCGUACUGCUGUACUAAUGGAGGAACCGGACCAAACUGCAUUGUUCCAACCAGACCAACUCAGAGACCUCCCAGCUCUCCAGCUCCGUGUCCCUAUGGAGGCAUUCCUCCAUAUUGUUGUACCAACGGAGGUCAAGGCCCGAACUGUGUUGUCCCCUCACGCCCUACUCCAGGACCAACCACUCCAGCUGGAUGUCCCAAUGGUGGAGUCCCACCAUACUGCUGUACUAAUGGAGGAAGCGGACCAAAUUGUGUUGUUCCAACCAGACCAACUCAGAGACCCCCCAGCUCUCCAGCUCCGUGUCCCUAUGGAGGCAUUCCUCCAUAUUGUUGUACCAACGGAGGUCAAGGCCCGAACUGUGUUGUCCCCUCACGCCCUACUCCAGGACCAACCACUCCACCUGGAUGUCCCAAUGGUGGAGUCCCACCAUACUGCUGUACUAAUGGAGGAAGCGGACCAAAUUGCAUUGUUCCAACCAGACCAACUCAGAGACCUCCCAGUUCUCCUGCACCGUGUCCAUUCGGUGGCAUUCCACCAUACUGCUGCACCAACGGAGGUCAAGGACCUAACUGCGUUGUACCUUCAAGACCAACACCGGGACCAACAACUCCUGCUGGAUGCCCCAAUGGCGGUGUCCCACCAUACUGCUGCACGAACGGUGGUCAGGGACCAAACUGUGUCGUACCUACUCGACCACCAACGAGACCAACUCAAAACAACGAAUAUCUGCCUCCUUGUCCUAACGGCGGAACAGGACCAAACUGUCAGACUGGACCUCCACGGCCAACACCACAGCCAACCCGUCCUCCUACUUCACCUUCUGGUUGUCCUUACGGUGGAGUUCCUCCGUACUGCUGCACGAACGGUGGACAAGGUCCUAAUUGCGUAGUCCCAUCUCGACCGACUCAACCUUCUCGUCCAACUACGCCCUCUGGUUGUCCGAACGGUGGAGUACCACCCUAUUGUUGCACAAAUGGAGGUCAAGGUCCAAACUGUGUAGUACCAACACAACCACCACGUCCAACUACACCCACUUGUCCAUAUGGAGGAGUUCCACCGUAUUGCUGUACUAACGGAGGAACGGGUCCAAACUGCAUUGUUCCGACUCAACCACCAAGGCCAACCACCCCCAGUGGUUGUCCGAACGGUGGAGUGCCACCGUAUUGCUGUACGAACGGAGGACAGGGUCCUAACUGCAUUGUUCCCACACAACCACCUAGACCCACAACUCCUUCGUGUCCAUACGGUGGAGUUCCACCGUACUGCUGUACUAACGGAGGAACAGGUCCAAACUGCAUUGUUCCGACGCAACCUCCAAGGCCAACCACUCCAAGUGGCUGUCCCAAUGGAGGAGUACCACCAUACUGCUGUACCAAUGGUGGACAAGGACCAAACUGUAUCGUUCCCACACAACCACCUAGACCCACAACUCCUUCGUGUCCAUACGGUGGAGUUCCACCGUACUGCUGUACCAAUGGAGGAACAGGUCCAAACUGCAUUGUUCCGACGCAACCUCCAAGGCCAACCACUCCAAGUGGCUGUCCCAAUGGAGGAGUACCACCAUACUGCUGUACCAAUGGUGGACAAGGACCAAACUGUAUCGUUCCCACACAGCCACCUAGACCCACAACUCCUUCAUGUCCAUACGGUGGAGUUCCACCGUACUGCUGUACCAAUGGAGGAACAGGUCCAAACUGCAUUGUUCCAACGCAACCUUCAAGGCCAACCACUCCAAGUGGUUGCCCCAACGGAGGAGUUCCACCAUACUGCUGCACGAAUGGCGGACAAGGGCCUAAUUGCAUUGUUCCAGGACCUCAACCAACUAGACCUACCCCUGGUCCAACAAGACCAUCAUCUGAUAACGAAUAUCUCCCACCAUGCACUAACGGAGGAUAUGGUCCAAACUGUGUCCGUCCUACACAACCUCCAUCUCCACCAGUUACCCGCCCACCUCCAACACCUCAGCCAGGAUGUCCAUACGGUGGAGUGCCCCCCUAUUGUUGCACCAACGGAGGACAAGGUCCAAACUGCGCCGUCCCUAGCCGUCCCACUUCACCGCCAGUUACCCGCCCACCACCAACUUCACAACCUGAUUGCCCAUACGGUGGAGUCCCCCCGUACUGCUGCACUAACGGAGGACAAGGUCCUAACUGCGUCGUUCCAAGCCGACCUACCUCACCGCCAGUUACACGACCUCCACCAACUCCGCAGCCAGGAUGCCCGUACGGAGGAGUUCCACCGUAUUGCUGCACCAACGGAGGUCAAGGUCCGAACUGCAUUGUUCCUAGCCGACCUACCUCACCUCCGCUAACUCGACCACCGCCAACACAACCACAGGGCUGCCCAGCCGGUGGAAUUCCACCGUACUGCUGUACCAACGGAGGUCAAGGCCCGAACUGCGUCGUCCCAAGCAGACCAACCUACCCACCGGCAACCCGACCACCAUCGCCAACUCCACAACCAAGCUGCCCAGCCGGUGGAGUUCCACCGUAUUGCUGUACGAACGGAGGUCAGGGUCCGAACUGCGAACUGCCACCCAGCCACAGUCUCGAACCGGACGGUUAUCACUACAAACUGCCCAGUAUACCGUUCAACUUCUAGUUUAUGAGGCGUCCGUUUAUUUAUUUCAACGCUGAUUGUACGUAUAUGUGAAUAGUUCUAUUAAGUAAACGAGUCAGAAGUUUUCAAGAAGACAAACAAAAAUCAAAUCAACAAAUAUGUGAAUAGCGUGGAAACGAGGAAACGUGGCAGAAGAAUCGUUGAAUAGGAAGUAAAUAUUUAUAACAUAA